GAGGCGAUACAAAAACAAGGAAUUAAGUAGUUCGCAUGAAAAUGGGAAUGCGACGCAAAAAUCAACAGUUUCAUCUAGUUAUGUUGUUCUACCAUAUAUAAAGGGCGUUACAGAAACAAUUACAAGAACAUUACAACGUGAGAAAAUUCGUGUUUCAUUCCAACCAACUCGCACAUUACAACAAGAAUUUCCAAAGCCAAAAGAUAAGCUUGACACCAACC